GAAAGUAUUCGUCUCCUGAUAUCUCAGCUCUUUGCAUCAGCACUUUGGGCUGUGCAGGACAGUAUCCCCCCACCACGAUUUGCCAUCCGAACUCUGCCGGGAUUUCACACUCCCUGGGAUGUAGUGGCGAGGGUCAGAGCGAAAAAACCGGGAUUUGUAAACUCUGAUUUCCGUUAAUCCAAAGCUGCCGCUUUUUUCCCUGGUAUUUUAUUCCGCAGACAAGGAUCCCAGCUCGCCACCAUGCCACUGUCCGGAACACCUGCGCCCAACAAGAGGAAAAAGUCAUCCAGGCUCAUCACUGACCUUUCCCACAUCACACAGGAGGUGAAUGCCUCUGAGCAGCUGGGCACUGAACUGGACCUGGGGAGGAAGAUCGGCAUCCCCAAGGACAUCAUGCUGGAGGAGCUGUCCCUGCUGAAGAACAAGGGCUCCCUGAUGUUCAAGAUGAGGCAGCAGCGAGUGGAGAGGUUCAUCUACGAGAACAACCCCGACGUCUUCACCCCGGACUCCAUGGAUGAGCUCCAGAAGUACAGGAUGGGGGGGAAGGUGGACAUGGGGGGUCAUCUAAUCGGCGGGCGCAUGGUCGUGAGCGGGGGCUACGCUGGAAGUGGGAGCAAAGCGCCGAUCCCCCCUCCCAAACCUGGAAGCCUGUAUAAGGGGGUCAUCGUCGGGGGUGCGGGGGGGCACGCCGCAGGGCACGGCGGCAGCGGUGGUGGUGCAGGGGGCAAAGGUCAAGGUCAAGGUCAAGGCGGGGGAGCCCUGGAUGGCAGCGGAGCGCUCGGUGCGGGCGGGGCUGGGGGUGAUAAGGGAGCCGGGGGCGGCCUGGGCAAGAAGAUCGACUACGCGAGGACGUACACAUCGCCAUGGGAACGGGCCAUGAAAGGCAACGAGGAGCUGAUUGCCACCCUGAAGCCUCACAUGGCAGGGCCCGAGAUGCCACACGCACUGCGCAAGUAUAAGAGCUUCAACAGGUCUGCUAUGCCCUACGGCGGCUACGAGAAGGCCUCUCAGCUCAUGACCUUCCAGCUGCCGGAGGUGGACGUGGUGGAGCACGAGCCCACGGUCGUGUACCUGCACGACAACCGGCCCUCCUUCAACCGCACGCCCAUCGGCUGGAUUGGCAGCGGAGACACCAGCCACAUCCACGUGCAGAUGGAUGUGCCCUUCGACGGGGAGACGGACGAGCUGUGAAGACACACGCACUCACACACACACACACACACACACACACGCUCCGUCACGCACAGGCGCGCACGCAAACGGACACACACACACCCGCACGCACGUGUGCACAGACUCUCACACAUACACAGGCGCAGAUGCCUGUCCGUGCCCUAUGACUCACACUCAUACAUCAAACUCAUAAUAAGUCCCUGCGUUAUCUCCUCUGUCAGCAACCCCUGACUUCGGUUUCAAGUGGUGAAUUGUAUGUGAAUGAAUAGGGUGGGCAUCACAGUUUGCAGCUUCUCUAGAUUUGUUUGUAGGCUUCCUUUGAGCAUCUUUGACCAGGUGACUCAAGAGCAAAGUGUGUGAGGGAAGGACAUAAGCAAAAUAAAUUUCUAUUAAGAAAACCUGUGAGGAAAGACUGUUUACUGAACACAUACACACACACACACACACACACACACACAAACUGUGUUCCUAAGAGUGAUCGUAAGCUUGACCUCUGAGCAUCAUUACAAGAGAAAUCUUCCUUUCUUUUAUGCAUGUCUAACUUUAUUUCUGUUCUUGUUAAUGUCCUUUGUGUGAGACACUUCCCACACGUGAUGUGAUGCAGCGCAGUCUUUCUCCCUGGGCAGACUGUGCACUUGAAUUGUACCGGUAGCAAUGAGAAUGUUCUAGAAAUGAAAAGUACACAAAGAAUAGGUCUGUUCCGUUUGCUCUCUCUCCCCCCUUUUCUUUGUGUGUUGCACUUUAGAGGUGGACAAAAGAGUCCAUUUAAUUUAUACUUUUAGCAUUGCCUUAUGCGCAACCUGGUCUUGUCAACAAGUGUUAGUGUGCUCAGACUUACCCAUAAUACCCUGGUCUGUAGCUGCAGUCCAGUGCUUUGCAGAUAUUCAUCUGAGUCUUAGACUCGUCAGUAUGAACAUAUGACAAGCUCCUUCAUCUACUGCUAGGGCUACAAUGCACACCCUCUACUCAGGGGGUAUGAACAUGACACAUACCUGCUUCUUCCUUUUUAAUUCCUUCCACAAUGCAAUAAACCUUGUCAAGUGAACUGAA